CCUUUCUCUCCAUUGGCGCCCCUGCAAAAUGCGUGAAAGCUUCUGUGCGCUCGAGGCGCGUAAAGGACCGGGAGGCAGGUCUGCCGUUUGGUGGCUGACGUUCGCCUGAGGGGAAAAAAACCGGUGCGCGCUUAGCAGCCUCUUGCUGCUCCGGAUAGCGGCGUGGGUUAGACUGGCGUGCGGCCAAGAGCCAUGGACCGGGAGGAAGGCGAGGACAUUGAGCCAGCGCUACCUGAAUAUGUUUCCAUAGUGAUGUAUCCAUCAUGACAUCACAGAGCACUGUUAUCUUCCCAUUUGGAAUCUCCAAUCCACUGCAAGUCUUCAUCUUUGGAGCAGAUGGCUGAGGAAGAAGAUGACUUUGAUCUCUAUGGGGAUUAUGAUAGCUUUCCUCAAUAUAGCAGCAGUGAAGAAAGUAGCAGCACUUCUUAUCUAGACGAUUCUAGUGAGACUGAAGUAGCAGAUUGUGAGGUUGGGGAAGUGCCUCCAUCCUCUUCACCGAUCCAGACCCCCAGCACCCACAUGCCAGAUGAUAAUGGAUCUGAGCCAGCUGUCUGUGAGAUGUGUGGUAUUGUGGGCACAAAAGAUGCCUUCUUCUCCAAGACCAAACGUUUCUGCAGUGUCUCCUGCUCCAGGAGUUACUCCUCAAAUUCCAAGAAGGCUAGCAUUCUGGCAAGGCUGCAGGGUAAACCACCAACAAAAAAAGCUAAAGUCCUGCACAAGGCAGCCUGGUCUGCUAAAAUUGGAGCAUUUCUCCACAUUCAGGGGACAGGGCAACUGGCAGAUGGAACAUCAACUGGUCAAGAUGCUCUCAUUGUAGGCUUUGAUUGGGGAGCAUAUCUUCAGGACCAUGAAUACAAGGCUGCACCUGUUAGCAGUUUCAAACAUGUUCCCCUUUAUGAUCAAUGGGAAGAUGUUAUAAAAGGGCUGAAGGUUGAAGUAUUGAACAGUGAUGCUGUGCUUCCCAGUCGUGUGUAUUGGAUUGCUUCUGUUGUUAAGAUUGCAGGUUACAAGGCACUGCUGCGUUAUGAAGGCUUUGAAAAUGAUUCCAGUCAUGACUUCUGGGUCAAUUUAGGUACUAUGGAAGUGCAUCCAGUUGGUUGGUGUGCCAUUAACAGCAAAAUUCUGGUGCCACCCCAAACUAUCCAUUCAAAGUUUACAAACUGGAGAGGGUACCUUAUGAAAAAAUUGGUGGGGGCUCGGACAAUCCCAGUUGAUUUCCAUUUAAAGAUGACUGAGAGCAUGAAGUAUCCUUUCCGCCAAGGCAUGAGGGUAGAAGUAGUGAACAAGGCCUGCAUAUCCCAAACACGAAUGGCCAUUGUGGAUACUGUAAUUGGUGGUCGGCUGAGGCUUCUCUAUGAGGAUGGAGACAGCGAUGAUGAUUUCUGGUGCCAUAUGUGGAGCCCUCUAAUCCAUCCUGUAGGCUGGUCCAGAAGGGUUGGCCAUAGCAUGAAAAAAACAGAAAAGAAUAAUGAUAUGGCAAACCAUCCUACCUUCCGGAAAAUCUACUGCGAUGCUGUUCCAUAUCUCUUCAAAAAGGUGCGGGCUGUCUAUCCAGCAGGCGGCUGGUUUGAGGAAGGCAUGAAACUGGAAGCUAUUGAUCCUCUGAAUCCUGGCAACAUUUGUGUGGCUACCAUCUGUAAGGUCCUUUUAGAUGGUUAUCUUAUGCUUGGCAUUGAUGGCACAACUUCCGAAAGUGAUUCUGAAUGGUUCUGCUAUCAUGGGUCCCUGCAUUCCAUUUUCCCUGCUGGCUUCUGUAAGAAUAACAAUAUAGAGCUGAUUCCACCAAAAGGAUAUGAUGCUAAGACCUUCAGUUGGGCAAGCUAUCUAGACAAGACUAAGUCAAAAUCUGCACCAGCACGUCUUUUCAAUGUGGAUUGUCCAAAUCAUGGCUUCAAAGUGGGUGCUAAAAUAGAAGCAGUAGACCUGAUGGAGCCAAGACUUAUCUGUGUGGCAACAGUAAAAAGGAUAGUCCAUCGGCUCCUCCGAAUUCACUUUGAUGGCUGGGACAGUGAAUAUGACCAGUGGGUAGACUGUGAAUCACCAGAUAUCUAUCCUGUGGGUUGGUGUGAAUUGAUAGGUUACCAGCUGCAGCCACCAGUGACUCCAGAACCUGAAUCACCUGCAUCUGCCAAGGAGGUUUCAAAGAGGAAGCGAAAACCAUAUGGAAAGAAAAGAAAAAAGAUGACUGCCAAAGCCCGUUCCAUCAAGGAGGCAGCUAAGAAAGUGAUCGCUCCAAAAACAAAGGAAGAAACAAAAGUUACCAAAAAGCUGCCUACUUCAAAAUCAAAGGAAGGAACACCAACUGUUUCAAAAAUUGAGGCAACACAAGCUAAAUCCAAGACUGCUUCAAAACUACUGCCUAAAACCUUUGUUGCUGUGCAAGUGAAAGAAGAAAUGCUUGAAGACCCAAAGGUGAGGAUUGAAACUCCACAACAUUCAGUGCCAGUGAAGGAUGAGGACAUGGAUCAAGACACUCCAGCACACUCUAUGAUUGGCUGCCUAAAGGAUGAAGGCAUGGAACUAGAGUCCCCAGAAAUCCCUAGAGCAGAUGAGCAGAAUGGCAGCAUGGACUUUGAAGCUGCAACAAGCCUUGAUACACUUGGCUGCUUAAAGGAUGGGGUUAUGGAACCAGUACCCCAAGCAAAGGCUCUUGCAAUGGCCUGCUUAAAAGAUGGGGACAUAAAAGCAGAAGCAACAGUGAGCCCAGUGCUCAUUAGCUGCUUAAAAGAUGAGGAUGUAGACUAGUGGUUUAAGCAGUAUAAAUAUCAAUGGUUCUGCAGAGCAGUCCUUCAUGAAUCAAGGAAGGUGAAUUGCUGACCUCUUUGGACUGUACUUUAGCUUUUUAUGUGAUAUGAUCAGCCUAUGAAACAUUUAUUAGAACAUAUAUUCUAUCCCAUCAUGUAAAAAGACAGGUCUGCAGUGCUGCUCUGAAUAUUACUAUGGAUGAAUUUCUGCAUUAUAAAACUCUGUGGAAAGGCAGGGAUAUGUUACAGGGCAUUUGUAAUUUGCCUGGCCACAGUAGUCAUCGCUAUUUCAGUCAAGAGUGGACUGCCUCCGAAGCAAGUUAUUGGGCUGGUAUUCAAGAAAAGUUUUCUGCUGAAAUAAAUGGCAGAUCAGGAAAAAGGAUAAAAAUGCUGAGGAGCUCAGUGUCAUACUAUGAAACGGCAUUUUUCCAGCAAUGCAAAUUUAAUAUGAAAGGGGCCACAUAGUUCAUAAUUUCUAUCUCUGCGGAAAAGAUCCACUGAUCCCAUUCAGUGGCAGGCUUGAGUGGUGGAAAAUUCCAAGAAGUAUCAGGAUUCAAUAAUUGAUUUAUUGUUUCAACAGUUGAAAAAGCGGGACCCAGCAUCGGUCUCUGAUGACCAGAUCUUACACAGAAGACAGUUUAAGCAUGCACAUCUAUAAGGACCCCAACUUAUAAGAGGAAUUACUUUACAUCUGAUAAGGAUGCUAGAUAGGAUGGGUAUCAUUCAAAAGGUGAUGAUACUAUCAGUAACAUUAGUUGAAAUGUAGUAUCUCAGCUUUUGCCAAGAAAUUGUUAUUCUAACAAGCUGACCCUAUGUUUAAUUGUGGAAGGAGGAAAAAUAAGUCAAUCAUUUUAUAUCCUUAAGCCUGAAAGUAUUCUGAGAGUAUUUGGGAACAUGCACAAAUCAUUUAUAGAGCUACAAAGAAUUUUAAAAUCCUUCAAACAUUUAUAUAACUACAAAGAAUUUUAAAAUCCUGAAAUCCAUGAAUAUGAAUCCAUUGACUUGGGAAACGCUCCUCCAUUCAGGAAAUAAAAAAUACUGCCUCAACUUAUGAAUAUGAAUCCAUAUUCAUAUUCAUAAGUUGAGGCAGUAUUUUCUAUUUCCUGAAUGGAGGAGAGUUUCCCAAGUCAAAAUGGGGAGAUCUUAGCUACUGUUAACAGAAGCUCUAGGGGGCCUCAAAUUAUUUGGAAGAGUUUUCAUGAGGCCAUCAUUUUAGUUUCCCCAUUCUAUGCUCUAGCUCUGUGAUAGAGAACCUGUGGCACCCAGAGCCAUUUCUCAGGGCACCCAAGCCGUUGCCUAUUGCUCUUCUGGGUUCUGGCACACUGACCAGCUGGUCUUUACGUGCACAAGAGCGCCAGAAACCGAAAAAGCAGCCACCCGGCACGCAUGUAUGUGCCGGGAAGAUUAUCUUCCAAUUUCCAGUGCAUGCAUGCACACCAGACAGCUGGUCUUUGUACGCACAGGAGCCCCAGCAGAGCAACUGGCCGGUGUGCAUGUGGAUGCCGGAAACCAGAAGAUCAUCUUCCCAGGGCGCACAUGCGCACCGGGUGGCUGCUCUUCCAGUUUCUGGCAUGCACACGCCCUCCCAUUUUGGCACUUGGUGCUGAAAAGGUUCCCCAACACUGCUCUAACUCUUUGAUAAUGUUGCUUGCCUUUUCCUCUACUAUUUCAGUUUUGCAAUAUGAUUUUUGUAAUGUUGUGACCAGAGCUAUAGGUAAUUGACCAAAUUUAGUUGCAGCAUAGAUUUAUCCAAACAUCAUUCUUCUACACCGGGAGUGUCAAACUCAAGGCUCACGGGCCGGAUCCGGCCCACAGGGUGCUUAGAUCUGACCCACGGAGCCAGUCUGGAAACAGCAAAGGAUCAGCCUGUGGUGCCUCUGCCAGCAAAAAUGGAGGGAGGGUGUAAGUGACAUUGAGCUAGCCAUGCCCACCCCUUAGCCAUGCCCCCAGCCCUCCGAGGUCAAACACAACCCUGAUGCGGCCCUCAAUGAAAUCAAGUUUGACACCCCUGUUCUACAUCUAAAAGAGUUAGUUUUUGUGCUUGCUAGGAAUUUUAGGAGUUGUAGUCCCAGCAUAUCUAAUAGGCACACACUAGGAGAACAA